AUGGGAAAGGAAGAAGAAGGAAGGACAGUCUGCCCCGGGCCAGACGAGGGAUUUUAUAACCUUCCGCGGGGAGUCUUCUUUCCGGCGGAUGCUCCCAUCCUGACGGAGGCGAGUGUGAUGGCAAGGAUUGCGAAGGCCUCGAAGGAGCCAUUGGACCACUCGGAGCACAUUGACUCGCACCCCUCCCUCUGUACCCCCAAUCCCCGAGCUCCGUCUGCACAGUGGAAAAGACUCAAUGUGUCUGGUCGAGGACGCCAGCCUUCCUCCACUAGGGUUUCCGCCAUUCCGUGGCGGCUUGGUGCAAAACUGGUCUCGAUCUACGCCCCUCUUCCUAGUCUAAACUUUGGGGCCAAAGUGCGGACUGGAAGUAUUCAGGAAUUGACUAGAAAGGACAUGAAGGGUGGAAAUUCGGGGGCUGGGAAAAGGACGAUCAAGGUUGAUUCGUUCAGCAAAAGCCCCAAAGAUAAGACGGACUACACAGGGACCGGUAUGACAUAUUUCCCCCUCUAUCUGCCCAAGUCUAACAUGAUGUUGUGGUCAAAUACGCCCUACCGCGAAAACCAAACAGAUUCCCGGGAUGUCUCGCGGCCUUACAUCAUCUUUGGGAUCGGAGCCCAAGAGCCCAAAAAUGAGGAUCGCUGCAUUCAAUUCAGGUCACACGGAUACUGUUGGACAUCACUGCAUGAACCAAAGGACCGUGAGAAAGAUUGGCAUUCGAAAUUGUUCCCGAAUCGGUGA